AUGCUUCUUUACUUUCUCAUCACUUGUCUCUCUUUCUUCUUCUUUGCCAAAUCUUUAUCUCUUCCUCCAUGGGCAUCUGAAACCAAAACCUUGCUCUCCUUCUACUUCUCCAAGAAUCCUUUCAUACACCAAACCACACAUGAUCCAGCCUCCUCGGUGGUCGACCAAAUGUCUAUCCUUGACCUCCCUGAUCUUGCUCUCGACAACAUCCUUGAUCUUCUGCCACCCUCUGGACUCUGCAGCAUGGCUAGGACUUGUAGCUCCUUAANGGAGAAAUGUGUUAGUGAUCAUCUCUGGGAGAAACACUUACAUACCAAAUGGGGCAAAAUCCUUGGCCCUGCUGCUCGUAGAGAGUGGCAAAGCUAUAUAUCUUCCACAAAUCAUCAUAGAAAUCCUCUUAGAUUUGCCAAAAUCUUCUCUCUCAUUCGAUCUUUUUCCUCUGUUUUCCAAGAUGCCAAUAAACAGAGGAGGAAGUCUGAAUCUUCUCUGCCACUUGAUUCAACCAUGAGCUGCUACCUCUCCCUUGAAACGGGUCAUUUUUGGUUCCCAGCUCAAGUUUACAACCGUGAGAAUGGACAUGUAGGAUUCAUGUUGUCAUGCUAUGAUGCAGAGCUCAGCUAUGACACUUACACUGAUACUUUUCAAGCAAGGUAUCCACCACAUGGUAGAAGAGCAAUUGCGGUUGAAAAAAAUGUGACAUGGGAGAGGCUAAGAGCAGCUCCCAUUGAUGCAUCGCCUCAUCAUCUCCAUAUAUCAGAUACUCUUAAUGAGUUGAAACCUGGUGAUCACAUCGAGAUUCAGUGGAGAAGGAACAAAGAGUUCCCAUAUGGAUGGUGGUAUGGUGUUGUUGGCCACUUGGAAUCCUGUGAUGGGAAUCUCAACCAUUGCCAUUGCAAUCUUAGCGAGAUGGUAGUGUUGGAAUUCAACCAGUACACAGUAGGAUCUAGGUGGAGACGAACAAUGAUCAAUAGGAGAGAUCAUAGAGAAGAAGGUAACGAGGAAUACGGGUUCUAUGGAGGAAUCCGAAAGCUAAAUUGUAAACAAGAGAUUGCAAUGUGGAACCGUCUCUGGCCAUCCUCCAUCUUGGAGUAG